CCAGGGCCAGGCUCCCUUGGGAAUUGGGAGCCAGAAUCUCAGGUCUGUAGCUAUGGCUUCUCCAGAGAAAGAUCCAUCAGAGGCCUAUUCAAGACUGUACUAGGACUAGACCCCCUGAGGCUCUGCCACCUAGCCACCAUGUUGAAGAAGUCACUUCUUGGAAAGGACUAUAACAAUGAGCUGAACUUGGACAAUGGGUCUAAGUCCCCCUCAAAGAGCAGCAGCAGCAACAGCAGCAGCAGCUUGACCCCAGAAAAUGCCCCUCCUGCUGAGGAAGACAACGCUCUAUCGCUGUUGCAAACCUUGGUCCACCUGUUGAAAUGCAAUGUUGGCACUGGGCUCCUGGGGCUUCCCCUGGCCAUAAAAAAUGCCGGCUUACUGGUUGGGCCCAUCAGCCUGCUGGCCAUCGGAAUCCUCACAGUGCACUGCAUGGUCAUCUUGCUGAACUGCGCUCACCACCUCUCUCAGAGAUUGCAGACGACUUUUGUGAACUAUGGGGAGGCCACAAUGUACAGCCUGGAAACCUGCCCCAGCCCCUGGCUGAGGUCCCAUUCGGUGUGGGGAAGGUACACUGUCAGCUUCUUAUUGAUCAUCACCCAGCUGGGCUUCUGCAGUGUUUAUUUUAUGUUUAUGGCAGACAAUUUACAACAGAUAGUAGAAGAAAUCCAUGUCACCUCCAACACCUGCCAGCCCAGGAAGUUCCUGGUGCUGACCCCCAUCCUGGACAUUCGUAUCUACAUGCUGACAAUCCUGCCCUUCCUGAUCAUGUUGGUGUUUAUCCGGAACCUCAAGGUGCUGUCUGUCUUCUCAACAAUGGCCAACAUCACCACCCUGGGGAGCAUGAUCCUGAUCUUUGAGUAUAUCAUCCAGGACAUUCCAGAUCCAAGCAACCUGCCCCUGAUGGCAAACUGGAAUACCUUCUUGCUGUUCUUUGGUACUGCCAUCUUCACUUUUGAAGGCGUUGGUAUGGUUCUGCCUCUCAAAAACCAGAUGAAGAAUCCACAGCAUUUCCCCCUUGUUCUGUACGUGGGGAUGUCCCUUGUCAUCUUUCUCUAUUCCUGCCUGGGAAUCCUGGGCUACAUGAAGUUUGGGUCAGACACCCAGGCCAGCAUCACCCUCAACUUGCCCACCUGCUGGUUGUACCAGUCGGUCAAGCUGAUGUACUCCGUGGGCAUCUUCUUCACCUACGCCCUCCAGUUCCACGCCCCAGCUGAGAUCAUCAUCCCGUUUGCCGUCUCUCAGGUGCCAGAGAACUGGGCACUGUUUGUAGACCUGUCUGUCCGCACAGCCUUGGUCUGUCUCACCUGUGUCUCAGCCAUCCUCAUCCCCCACUUGGACCUGGUCAUCUCCCUAGUGGGCUCUGUGUGCAGCAGUGCCCUGGCCCUCAUCAUCCCACCCCUCCUGGAGAUCAUCACCUUUUACUCUGAGGACAUAAGCUGUGCCACCAUUGCAAAGGACAUCAUGAUCAGCAUCCUGGGCUUUUUGGGGUGUAUUUUUGGAACAUACCAAGCCUUCUAUGAGUUGACCCAACCCAUUAACCAUUCCAUGGCCAACUCUACAGGUGUCUAUAUGAAUCAUUUUUUAUUUUUAUUCUAAUAGCUACCCCUUCCUCCUACCCCCAUUUUGAUUUCCAUGCAGAUGUUAUAUAUAUUCAUCAAACCCCAACAUCUCUAUAUUAAUUAGUGGCUUCUUUAUCUUUCCAAGAGAAAUGUAGAUAACACAGGUUAGUAUUGAUACCUCUCAGGCUACCCCUUUUUUGAUUUUGGAUUUCUUUGGCAAUCUUUUGUACCUCAGAACCAAUAUCACAUUCAGUUCUCACAAGAGGAAAUGGUUAUCAAAGCCUGAUUAAGACCCUUGUGUCACUCUCUGACAUCUGUUUCCAGAUAUAAUCCCUUCCUCCAACAUGUUCUCCUGCCCUUGCCAUUCACCCCAAGGUUACGUGGUCAAAAGGGGGAACUUGACAGAACCUGUUCCAUGUGGUUAGGACUUUCAGCAUCAAAAACUUUGAGCUAUGCCGCAGUCUGGCUGGGCACAAAAUCACGAGCCACUCACAGCCUUGUAGAUUCAAACAGCAAUUCUUUAUUCCCAAACUCACACCGGGAACUCUACAAACACGUUCUGGGGAAAAUCCACACCUCCACUGGGCUCUGCAUCCCAACAUACUCUCUGAAUCCCUCGAGAACUCAACGGGAACUCAAGGAGCGGGCGCCUGGAGGCAGCAGGAUAAGCCCUAUUCCCAGCAGGAUACACCUUAAGCCUGGAACUGCCCUAAACCCAAGGAGUGCCCUAAACCCCCAUCCCAAACCCCGAUCCACCCUAAACCCGGAUCCGCCCUGGUCCAGAGCUAAAUAGUCCUCUUUACUUUAUAAAGUUAACUGGUCUCAGGUAUUAUUAUAGCAUCAAAAAGCUGACCAGUAAUGGGGAAAGAGUGAAUGGUUUCCCUGCAAGAUCAGAAACAAGACAAGGAUGACCAGUCUCAGCACUUCUGUUCAAGAUUGUACCAGAUA